AAGGAUUGAGUUGGGUUAAACCCUCACAUUCCGUCCCUGUGCAUUUCUCCAAGCUGCUACUUGAUCGUCAUUGGUCACGCACCAACUUCAGAAUCAUCAAUUUACAUUUCCAAAUUGUUGCGAUUGUCGUUUUGUCGAGGACUCGAGGGCAAGCAGACAGGCCACAAAGAAAACUGGUUCGGCUCCACUCCACCACACCACAUUUCCCACAAAAAAAUCUCUCUCCCACUAAAAUCCCCACCACAGUACAACUCAAAUCUGGAGGAAGAAAGGAAGAGGAUGGAGAAUGGAGCAGCGGAGAGAUGGGGUUUCCGGGGAAACCAAGUAUUGGACAAAGCAGCCUCCAUCACCGUAAGGGGAGUUCUGAGAAAAGUUAUAUCUAAUCUCAAUCCACAAGAUCGCAGACCUGUUAUUACUCUCGGCCAAGGUGACCCAUCUGCCUUUUCCUGCUUCCGGACCGCUCCGGAGGCCGAAGAGGCCAUUGUCGACGCCGUGCGGUCACGGGAAUUCGACUCCUAUCCCCCCGACGUCGGCGUUCUUCCAGCGAGGAGGGCUAUAGCGGAAUAUCUCUCUACUGAUCUUCCAUACAAGCUAUCCCCAGAUGAUGUUUAUCUCACAGUUGGAUGUGGACAAGCAAUUGAACUCAUAAUAAAGGUCCUUGCUCGCCCUGGUGCCAACAUUCUUCUCCCAAGACCUGGUUAUGCGUUCUAUGAAGCUCUUGCUGCAGCUAACCAUCUGGAAUUCCGUCGGUUUGAUCUUCUUCCCGAGAAGGUUUGGGAGGUUGAUCUGGAGGGAGUCAAAGCUCUUGCAGAUGAGAACACUGUUGCUAUGGUUAUCAUCAACCCCGGCAAUCCCUGUGGCAAUGUCUUUACACACCAGCAUCUGAAGAAGGUGGCGGAAACUGCAAGAAUGCUCGGAAUUCUUGUGAUUGCUGAUGAAGUAUAUGGCCACCUUGUUUUUGGGAGUAAUCCUUUUGUGCCAAUGGGAGUAUUUGGGUCGAUCACGCCUGUUAUAACACUUGGAUCCAUAUCAAAAAGAUGGAUUGUUCCUGGUUGGAGACUUGGCUGGCUCGUGACCAAUGAUCCUAAUGGCAUCCUCUGCAAAUCCGGGAUUGUGGAAACCAUUGUGAGUUAUCUCAAUAUUUGUGCUGACCCUACAAGCUUCAUCCAGGGGGCUGUUCCUCAAAUCAUUGAGAAAACGACAGAUGAUUUCUUCUCGAGAAUUAUUAGCUUACUCGGAAAAACUGCAGACAUAUGCUUUGAUGGACUUGCAGAUAUCCCCUGCAUUACUUGCCCACACAAACCAGAAGGAGCCAUGUCUGUAAUGGUGAAACUAAAUGUGUCUCUACUGGAAGACAUAGAUGAUGAUAUGGAUUUCUGUAUGAAGCUGUCUAAAGAGGAAUCAGUGAUUAUUUUGGCCGGUUUUGCUGUGGGAAUGAAGAAUUGGCUUCGUAUAACUUUUGCCACUGAGCCUCCAUUCCUUGAAGAUGGGAUUGGCAGGAUCAAAGCCUUCUGUCAGAGGCAUGCCAAGAAGCAGUAAGACUUAAAAAUUGUCAUCAAGAGACAAAAAAGAAGGGGUCAUGACUCAUAUUGUUCAAAUACUGCACCUUAGAUCUUAUUCUCCAUCUAAGUUCCCAUGUAAAUUGUUGAUGUUGUUGGGAUGAUCUCCUUAAGCCUUCAAUGGUAAUUUUGCAGGGUUUGAAGUUGGAAAAA